CGGUCCUGCUGGUAGUGGAGAAACAUGUCGAGUUUCUCUAGAGCGCCUCAGCAAUGGGCCACUUUUGCUUGAGUUUGGUAUCUUUUAGAUGGGAAAAUGCAGCCCCCCGGUAAACUUGCUGCUAUGGCAUCAGUCAGACUUCAAGGAUUGCAUAAACCUGUGUACCAUCAACUGAGUGACUGCGGUGACCAUGUUGUCAUAAUGAGCACAAGGCACAUUGCGUUUUCUGGAAACAAAUGGGAACAAAAAGUAUACUCUUCACAUACUGGUUACCCAGGUGGAUUUAAACAAGUAACAGCUGCUCAACUUCACCAGAAGGAUCCAGUGGCAAUUGUAAAACUAGCUAUUUAUGGCAUGCUACCCAAAAAUCUUCACAGAAGAACUAUGAUGCAGAGGUUGCAUCUUUUCCCAGAUGAGGAUAUACCUGAAGAUAUUCUUAAGAAUUUAGUGGAAGAGCUUCCUCAACCACGAAAAGUACCCAGAUGUCUAGAUGAGUACACACAAGAAGAACUAGAAGCUUUCCCAAGAGUUUGGUCUCCACCUGAAGAUUACCGGCUGUAGAAGAAUGAAAAUUGCAGAAAAUAACUUCUUCCUGAUAAAUUUCUCCUAACCCACAGGACUGAGUGAAACAACCACUGCAUUUUACAGGAAACUUGUUAUGGGCGCUGAAAGUUUGUGGAGAAAGGUCAGGAAGGGAUCUUCCUUCAAUAGGAAAU